AUGGGCCUUUUCAGACAUGGCAAUCUUUAUGCCAUUUCCCCCAGAACGUUUCACGCUAAUACGGCUAAUACCUCGUCUCGCGUACAGAGAACUGUUCCCCUUGAUAGGUUUCGAGCAAUUACCCUGGCUUGUGAGUACAUUUUAUUUACUUAUUUUAUCAGCCUUGGGAAUGCUUUAGGCCUGGAUUGUAUAUUUAUCACAUGUACCACCGAGCUGAGCGAGUUGGGAAACGCGGACGCCGUAUCAAAAAUAACUGAUCCAUUCACCACAGAGUCACUUGAGGAUAGAGUACUCAUUGAUUUAUUAUUGUCGAUACUUUAUCAGAAACGUCGUUUUCAUCGUGCAUUAGUGAAUUUUAUCUUUGCUUCAAUUGCACCAAAUUUUAGAUCUGAACAUAUAAAUCAAUUAAUCGAAAUUAUAAAUAGCAAUGGUAAGGAAGUGGUGGAACCAGCUGAAUACGACUCGGAAAGUGGUGACGAAAUGAGUUACGAUCACAAUGAAAGUAUAGCGCGCGAUAUUGAUAAUAAUGAAACUAUGGAAAGUGGUUCAAGAAAUUCAAAUAUUGUAUUUGAAGUUGGUGAUAAGGAUAAUGUAUCAUCCGAUUUAAGUGAUGAGACAAUGUUUCGAAUGGACAAAAAAUUGAGUACUGCUUUUCGUCAGUCUUUUAAACUCGUUGGUAACAUGAAUUUUAUAUUCGAAAAUAGUCUACAGUUUCGCUUAAAAUGCAUGGAUUUAUUAUUAAUAUUAAUAUCUCAUAAGGAAUGUGGUUUUUUGGCCGUGGAUCUUUUGAUUCCAUUAGUGAAAACGGCUAGAGAAUCACUUCGGAAAAAAGGAAAUGAAAUUAUUCUUAAAAAAUCAAUGAAUCUUCUUGGUUUAAUCAUGAAAUUCAAAAAGCAUAUUCUAUACGAAGGAAAAGCUCUGGAUUUGAUUGACAAACUUGUUGAAGCCACUUCUCAGCUUGUAAAUCCAAUUAUUAGGAAUUUUGUCGCUAACUUAAUGAGUUUUUUGUUUUCGUCAUGCUAUGAUUUCUCAACAAACAGUUUGUCGGAGAAAAUGCGAUCUAAAGUCAACGAUCUUUUUUCAAAAUACAUGAAGCAGACAAAUAACGAAAUUCUAAAUGAAAUAGCUACUGCUCCAUUUGUUAAAUAUCCGCGAGCUUUACUGUCGUCAUUAAAAAUGAUAAUCGAAUUUGCAUUCAACGAAAAUAUCCGUAUUCACAGAAGAACUGAAGCAAUUUCUUGUGCCAUCGCCUUCAUGAGGAAGGAUCUGCUCAAAGAAGCUGAAGAACAAGUUGAAAAUUAUUGUUCUAGUCUUGCUAAACGUCUUGGUCAUAUUGUUCAAGAAUAUCUCUCAAAAUUUGACAUGAAUGAUGGAAAACCAAGAUUUUUCGCUUAUGUAAUUCGCCUUAUUACUGCUUUUGCCAGCAUGAGUGAUCUUCAAUCUCGAGAAAAACUCGCGCAUUAUUUAGUGAAUGAUCUAAAUAGAUUAUGUGAAAGCAAAGCUCUUGUGCAAUCGAGAGAAAAAAUAAAGCGGUUUAAUUCAGCAUCUCAUGCAGUUUGUGGGCGCACGAUUAUGGCUGCUGGAUUGGAUCCACAGACUUCAUCACGCUACCAAAGGGAUCCAUGA